CCGUCUAGUGGCGGUUGCAUGUCAUUACAAUAACCGGCAAUUUUACUCUCCUGUGCGCUGUGGUUUACAUCCGGGUCGCUGUUAGGGAAUGGACAACGUUACAAUUCAUGAAACUAGUUGGACAGCUAAAACGCGUACCACGAACAGGAUGGGUGUACAGAAAUAUCAAACAGCCUGAGAGUGUGUCUGAUCAUAUGUACAGGAUGUCUAUGAUGGCCUUAACCAUACAGGACAUCACUGUCAAUAAAGAAAGAUGCAUGAAGCUGGCUUUAGUUCAUGACUUGGCUGAGUGUAUUGUGGGAGAUAUUGCUCCAGCAGACAAUGUUAGCAAAGCAGAGAAACACAGAAGGGAAAGGGAAGCAAUGGUGCACAUCACAGGCCUGUUAGAUGAUGGCUUACAGAAAGAGAUUUACAGCUUGUGGGAGGAGUAUGAGACUCAGUCUAGUCCAGAAGCCAAACUGGUGAAGGAGUUGGAUCAGCUGGAGAUGAUAAUACAAGCUCAUGAGUAUGAGGAGUUAGAGGGGAAACCUGGAAGACUGCAGGAGUUCUUCACCUCCACUGAAGGCAGGUUUCAUCAUCCGGAGGUGUUGGGUCUGGUGAAGAGUCUGAAUGAGGAGAGAGCUAGACACAUCGCUGCCAGAGGAGAUAAUGAUACAGAGAAAACCACUGACACAAACUCUCACACACUAGUGACACCAUGAUCUCAGUUCCUGUCCGGCAAUGAAGCUACCUCCACACAUCUGUACACAAGACUGUUAAUUUUGUCCAGAUUAGCUGUGUUUAUUAUAAUCUUAUUUCACUGCACAGAAGCAUGUUUUGUGGUUGUUUGAUGUGUCCUGUUUGUUUGAAUGAUUUGCAGGAGUUUUGAUAAAAUAAAAAAAUAUAUAUUUUUAUUCAAA